AUGAACAGUGUGUAUGUGCCAAGGGUUGGCGAUCACGUAAUUGGUGUCAUUACCAACAAGAACAACGAUUACUACACCGUUAGUAUAAGUAAUGUGUUUAAUGGAUUUUUGAUGUGCAUCGACGGAUUCAGAGGCACCACCAAAAAGUACAAACCCAAUCUCACCAUCGGUGACGUGGUAUUUUGUUAUGUGUAUGGUAUGUAUGAUGGUUUGAUUGAGUUGAGUUGUGUGACGAUGGAUGAUAAUAAGAACUGGUCGACCAACGAGACUUACUUCGGCCCUCUUUCCAACGGAUUUCUCACACAGUUACCCCUACAACACGUUCAAUCAUUGUAUAAUGAGGAGUUGGAAGUGCUGAGAGGAUUAAAGUAUGAAAUAGUGUUAGGCUUCAACGGGAGAGUGUGGAUUGGAAAUACGAGUAAUGAGUUAAAGUUAAAGAUUAGCAGAUUUAUCAAGUUGUCACACAAUCUGAAUCAACAACAGUUGAAACAAUUGUUCAAACACAUCUUCUAA